AUGCUGCGGAAACAGUUCAGUGAAUUUCAGGCUUGGGCCAAAUUUACUUCAGAACGUGGCUAUGCUGCGGCAGCUGCAAGCAGCUCUGGAAAGCGGAGUGAGGUGCCCAUGGGCAUCAAUGCAUCUCCGUUGCUGGGCAGAGCAUGGCUGGAAGGUGGAGAUCCAGGGCAGUGGGAGAGCCAGAAGAAUAAGGGCGAGGGCUGGGUGUGGAAUCAGACGCCCCAGGAGAGCAAGAGCAGAACAUCAUGCAGUUUUCGCUUGACUGCAUCAGGGUCCUCCAAAAUGCAAAAUGUGGUGCACCAGGGUCUUCCAAAAUGGAUUAUGUUCUGUUCAAGUGAUUGCAGACACCAAUUCCUUCGACACGGAGGAAAUAAACGUUGA